GGCACAGGUUUUACGCCGGAUGGCCUUACUGACGCAACCCUCCUUAUCUAUCCAUGCUUUGGACUAGGACACAUUGGUAUGUGCAACCCCAGUGGCUGGGUUACAUACUUUAAUAAAUGGCUUUUGAAGGGCAGUGUUAAGGUAUUUCGAAGCACAGGGAGUAAUUUACCUGUAAAUCCUGCAUGCCCAAUAGAGUUGGCCCAUUCAUUCUGUCAGCACGGAGCAUGUUACAUGAGAGAGGUAGGCAACAGAGUAACAAAGAGUCCUUUGACAUAGUCCAGCCGAACUAUAGCAACCGCCAUGAAGAUUUACGGGGUAAAGGAGAGCAGAUGGGCCACGAGUCACUGAUCUUUGAACGUCUCCCAAUAUUGGCAUCGCUGACAGGAUCCGAGAGGGGAGCGCCCGAGGUGUAAAACUCAUUUAUUGUCGCUCAUUUCGAAGGAGAGCUCAGACUUUGUUCUACCUCAGAGAUAACAGAGAGGGAGCUGCUUAAAUUCCUGGAUUGAUACCAAACCACCAGACUUCGUAGAUACGGAGAACUACUGGAUUUUGUUUUCAAGUUUCAAGCCUUGGAGUCGGCUGUUUUUUACUGAGCGCGCUUUAAGACUCACCAAACAAACAGAUACAAAACAAACCCAGAAAAUGGGUGAACGCUUUCUUCGAGACGUUUUGAGCUUUUACGGUGAAAACAGUUCGCUCUCGACGACAAACCUGGAGAACUUUUUAAACCUCAUCACCUCCCGCCGAGCGCCAGCAUCCAUAGACAGCCAGGCGAAUCCGCUUAGGAAUGCUGAGUGUUUAUCUGCCCCAGAUCUCCUGGAUGCCUUUGGGCUCUCUAAUGUGUCUGAGCUGACUGUAGAUCAGCUAGAGCUCAUAUGUCCAGCUGUUAUUACUCAGGUUCUUCUCCCUUCCUGUCCUUACACGACCUCCUCGGCCAUAACCACAGACCCCCAAGUUUGGGGCUAUAGUUUCUUGGCUGUGACGAUAAUUAACUUGGCUUCUCUACUGGGGUUACUCUUAGUUCCCCUCACUAAGAAAUCCUACUUCCCAAAAGUGCUAACCUACUUCAUUGGGGUGGCCAUAGGAACGUUAUUCUCCAACGCUGUACUGCAACUUAUCCCAGAGGCUCUAGGAUUUGACCCGAAAGUUGAUAACUACGUGUCACAUGCGAUUGGGAUUUUUGGAGGGUUCUACCUGCUGUACUUUACAGAAAGAGUCUUAAAAAUAGCACUGAAAGCAGAUCCUGAGCACAACCACUUCCCUUCACUGCAAACAAAUGAUGUAACCAUCACCAGCUUCAGCAAUGACAUUAUCAUAAACAACAUGACAAGUGACGUCAUCACAAGUAACGCCAACCACGAGGUCCUACCAAACAGCCCAAGUGAGAAACCAAGCCAGCCAACCAUGAACCUAGCUAAUGAACAGGAGCCAUGCAUGCUAGUGGGAUGUCGCUGGCUGCGAGGGGAACCGGUGUCGAACAUAAAAACAGUGGCUUGGAUGAUCACUCUGAGUGAUGGAUUGCAUAAUUUUAUAGAUGGACUGGCCAUUGGAGCCUCAUUCACCGUCUCUCUUCUCACUGGCUUCAGUACCUCUAUAGCUAUUGUCUGUGAGGAGUUUCCCCACGAGCUGGGUGACUUUGUGAUUCUCUUGAACUCUGGUAUGAGUGUCCCUCAGGCUGUGUUUUUUAACAUGCUCUCUGCUAUAUGCUGUUAUCUCGGCUUGGUGCUGGGAAUCUUGCUGGGCAGCAGCUUCGCUCCAAAUGCCAUCUUUGCCAUUGCUGGUGGAAUGUUUCUUUACAUUGCUCUGGCAGACAUGUUUCCAGAGAUGAAUGAAAUAAUGAGCGCACAUGCCAGAGGCCGCAAAGGAAAGCUCUUAUUCUUUCUGUUCCAAAAUGGUGGCCUGCUAACCGGCUUUUCCAUUAUCCUUCUCAUCACUAUGUUUGCUGGAGACAUCAAUCUGGGAUAAACUGAAUGAAAAGGAUUGAAGUGAACGAAAAAUAUCAGUUCAGGCCACACAAGCAUGGACCAAAGGGUUGAUACCACAAACGGAAAAGAAAAGAUGUAUCAUUUUAAAAACUCUUCACAUGAAAUCUAUUCAUACUGUUUAACACAAUAAUGCAUCUGAAGUAAAACUGUAGUACUAGGGGGAAAAAGAAAUUCUAAAUUAUUGUUAGUGAUUUAUUUCUGUACAGAGGCAUCACACAAAAAGAUGCUUCUAUUUAAUGUUCGUUGCUGAGCCUCUGAAAGGUUUUCUUCACUGUCGCUAGGUUUACAGACCUGACUUGUGGGUACAUAAAAAAAUCUAAACUAUUUUUGGAAACUUUCCCAGGCAGUUACUUCUAGUGAUACAUGACCAGGCCAGAGAGCAGAGACAGGCCACUGAUGUGAAUGGGGCAUUGCAUAAAGCACAUCAUGGCAACUUGCAAUUAAAAAAAAAAAAGAUUAUUGACCUAUAAUUUCGUUACAAUGACUCCUGUCCAUAUAUACAGUCCUGUGGAAAAGUAUUCGUCCCCUCAUUCCUGAUUACCUCAGUUUUUGCUUUUUUUCCCCUCCACACUAUAGGAGGGACAUGAGAAACACAAAACACUGAUAGGAAGGACAUGAGAAACACAAAACAUUGAUUACUGACCAUUUCAAUUAUUGGAAAAGAAAAUGAUAAGCAACAUCUAUAAGAAACAUGUGAAAAAAAGUGUUCCUGAAUGUAGUAUCCCUUGACAGAAUUGCUUUAAUCUGUUUAAGGUCAGAUGAAGAUUUAAUGAAUCAAAAUCAGCAUUUGUCAGUUCAUUUCUGGGGAUUGUUUGCAAGAUGGCUGUACAAUGGACUAGAAGCACUUUGACUUGCCUCAGAUGAAUUAUACAAUAUAUUGAUAUUGUUGGAUGUGCCAUUAACAAGCAUGACAAAGGCUUGAUGAGUCCAAACUCAAAUUCAAAUUUUAUUGGUCACAUACGAAAUCAUACACAGUAUGACAUGUAGUGAAAUGCUUUUUACGACUGUCUUACACAAAAAGAAAGAGUAAAAAAAAAGAAAAAUUAAAAAUUUAAAGUGUGGACAAUGUGGAAAGUCAAGUG